AUGCGGGGCCCUGCGGUGCGCGCGUUGCUGUUGCUCCUGCUGCUCCUGUCGCCCCCCGCUGGCGCCUGGUACAAGCACGUGGCGAAUCCCCGCUACCACACAGUGGGCCGCGCCGCGGGCUUGCUCAUGGGGCUGCGCCGCUCGCCCUCCCUGUGGCGCCGAGCGCUCCGCCCUGCGGCCGGGUCCCUUGCCUGGGACACCCAAGGCCUGGGCGUGUCCCCCCAAGGGCUCUUUGCCAAAGACACCCUCUCCCCGGAGCCCAUCCCCCGCGGUGCUCUCCUGCUCUCCUCGGGGGUUCGGGAACUGUUGGAGACGGGAAGCGGGAACCCCCGCGCAGGUCUCGGGGUCAGUGCGCCUUGGAGCCAGCGCGCCGCUGAGCCCCGGCCGGAACUGGAGCCCCGGCUGGGGGCCUCUUCCUGGACCCCGGUGAAGCAGGCCAGAGCUUUUGGCAUGUCUCCUGUUCAGCCAUGGUCUGCGCAGUGA